CCCGCGGCCUCGGAGAAGGGAGCCGGUGGGGAGUAGGAAAGGAGGGAACCGGCGAGACCACUGCCUGUUGCUAAGCCUUGAAGGAAGCUCUGCGCUCAGGUCAGUCUUUGCGGCCUACUCUCUUGGUGAAGAAGAUGGACCGUGUCCUGUGCCCAGGGGAUCAUGGUGGAGAGAAUGGGUCGGUAAUGGAACACAACCCAGUUCCUUGGCAGAUCCUCCCAGUGCUUUCAGACCAGCAGUCUCAGGGAGUUGAGCUGGUCUUGGCAUAUGCAGUACCUAUCCUAGACAAGAAAAAGACUUCCAGCUUGGUGAAGGAGAUAUCAUCUGUGUACCCAUUAGAGGGCCAGCAGCAUCUCAAAAGGGUCCGAGCAUGCACAGAUAAGACCAGUCCUCACCCAUUGGAAAUGCUGAUUUGUUUAGCAAAGCCUGGGAAAGAGAAGGCAGAAGACUUGCAGAUACUUUCAGAUCUCCUAUCCAAUAAACAAAUAGACUGCCAUGGCCUAGGGGAACCAUUUCUUGUUCAUGUACCUGCUCAUCCUCCUUUGACUAGGAUGCAGUUUGAGGAAGCCAAGUUUCAUUGGCCUACAGCCUUUCAUGAAGACAAACAUGUCACCAGUGCCCUCACGGGGGACCUCUUCUCGAAGGAAGAAAAGGUGAAGAUGCAGGCUUACAUGGAGCAAGCUAUCUGGGCAGCCCAGCAAGGAGCAGAAAAGGGGAUGAAGUCAAUUGGGGCAGUAGUUGUUGACCCAGCUACAGAAACUGUUCUUGCUGUAGGCCAUGAUUGUAGAAGUGCCUCAAAUCCAUUGCUGCAUGCCACAAUGGUUUGUAUAGACCUUGUUGCCCAAGGGCAGGGAAGGGGCACGUAUAAUUUUAAGUCUUAUCCUGCUUGUACUGUCUCACCUUUGGGGAACAGAGACCUAUCAGCCUCAAAAUCUAUCCGAGCUGGGACAAUAAGAAAACUUGAAUCCAGGGAUGAUGAGUUACCCUAUAUCUGUACUGGCUAUGAACUUUAUAUCACAAGUGAGCCUUGUGUGAUGUGCGCUAUGGCUCUGGUGCAUUCUCGCAUUCAAAGAGUCUUCUACGGGAUAGCAUCCCCUGAUGGGGCUCUGGGGACCAAAUAUAAGAUUCACACCAGACAGGACCUCAAUCAUCGUUUUGAGGUGUUUAGAGGCAUCUUGGAGGAUCGGUGUUAUUCUUUAAUCAAGGAUAGUUAGGCAGACAGCCAAUAUUCUAAUUAGCUUUAAUUUUUUUCCCCAUUUCCUUCUCUUUUCAUAACGCAACCCUACCCAACUCCAAAUCUCCCAGGUAGCCAAGAGACUUUCCAUUUCUUUCCCCCUGCUGACUGCCCCGAGGUGGUCCCACAUAGGCAAUUCUCUUGCCUUCUCUUUUUUAUAAUCUAUUUGUCACUUAAGACAAAAAUUCAGUAAGGAUUCAGAACAUCAUCUCUCAUGUUACUUUUAUGAAAUUGUUUAGACUACUGGCUAAUUUCACCUAGAAAAUGAUUUGUUGUUAAGUCCAUGGCUUUAAUUGCCAUGGCAUGAAUUUAAGUUGCAUGGUAUUUCAAACUGAGGGGGCCCUAGCCAAAUGAUGAGGUAGAAGAACCAUUACUUUGUUUUUCAAUCUUGAAAACCCUGGAUGUGAUGACUAUAAUUAUGUAAACUGUGACUGACUUUUUGUAUUGUUAUGGAACACCUGGAGAUCCCAAAAUAAAAAUAAAAGACAUAAAUUUGGAUCAUUGCUAGAACUUACUAGCUGUGUGAACAUGGGCAGGGCAUUUAAUUUUUAAGACACUUAGUUUUCUUCUCUGUAAAAUGGGGGAAAUAGUCCUUGUAUUAUCCUACCUUACAGCAUUUUUGUGAGGAAAACACUUUGCAGACUUUCAAGAGCCAUGCAAAUGUAGAUUAUUAUUAUUAUUAGCAUUGAGAUCUAGGUACCAUAUAACCAUUUCUGUGUUAAUUACACUUCCCAAUGUCUAUGAUGAGUUCAAAGUCUUCAGUAAUGAUUCUGACUCAGCUGUUAGAUUCAGCCACUUCCCACAAAGCAGUGGGUUAGGCUAAGUAGCAUUUCAAAUUGGGGAUCCUUUGUUGUUCCUGACUUGGAAAGAUGCUCCACCUGCAGUUUAAUGAGAUGAGAGAACCAUUACUUUGUUUCUUGUAUCUCUAAAGCCCUGGUUGUGAUUCCCAUGACAAAGGAGAUGACCAGCAUACUGGAUUUGGAGUGAGAGGACCUGGUGUUAAACCCAGGUCAUGUGACCAUGAAUAAGGCACUUCCUCUCUUGGGACCUGAGUUUCCACAUCUAUGAAGAUGAAGGAGUUGGACUAGCUGAUCUAUAAGGUCCUUUCUAGCUUUAAAUCAUUCCAGGCCUGUACUGCAAAUGCUGGAUAAUUCAAGGACUAGAUUGCACAUCAGUAAAAAAAGAGAAGAUUGCUACAGAAUCCAGAAGCUUAACAGAUAAAGAUUGAAUUCAGUUCAAUACAUUUUUUAAAAAUUGUAAACAAAUAUUUUUUAAAAUAAAAUUUCAUUGAUA